GAGAGUGAGAGACAGGGUAGAUAGAAGAGAGGGCAGGAGAGUUUUUUGAGCCUACAUUCUACACGAGCCUACCUUGGAAUGUUAAGCAGCACAUUGGAGUUCGGACCAUCUCUUGUCCCCAGAUCUCGAUCGUUUCGAAGUCCACAAUGGCCUCUCCAUCUGAUUCCUCCUCCCAGGAAGCUGCAACAAGGAAGCAAAACAAGGGACCCCCAUAUAAGUUCUUAGCGCCUCUCGUUUACGCCCCAGUUCUUCCUCUGAUUCGACUCUCGCUGCGGAAGAAUCCUGUUUUGAGGGAUCGUUUGUUUACCGCUGUUUUGGCCGGGGCUUUUGCUCAUGGCUUUUACUUGGUAACGGAUCUAUAUGAUAUAGAGAGCAAAUAAACUCUCCAGAUUUUAGAAAGCAGGUUUUGCAUUGGAUUUGCGUUCUUCUUAAUUGAUUCUUGGGAUCUCUGUGGACCUCUACACCCCAGUGACGCCUCAGCCCUGAGGACAGGAAAGAAGAUACGUUUUCUAGACAUUCAUCAAAUAAGUAGCGUAAGGACAAGUUUGGAUUUUUAUUUUUAUUUUUAUUUUUUU